AUGAAUGUGAAGUCUAAGCCAUUGCGAGAGGUUCUAAAAGAUGUGCUAGAGGGGGUCGACAAGAGUGAUUGGGAAUGGCUGGUCAAAGAGCAUUUUCUAUCUAAAAAAUUUAAGGAAACAAGUACGCGAAAUGCAAUGAACAGGUCUAAGUUGAGUAUGCCUCAUCAUACGGGUAGCAAGCCGAUUAGAGAGAUAGUUUAUGAAUUGGGAGGCAAGCAUGGUAAUCCAUCGGACAUGGCGACUAUCUUCUUUGAGACUCGUAAGAAGGACAACAAGCUUCUCGAACCUGAAACCAAUCAAAAAUAUGAAGAAAUUCAGGAACUACUACAAGUUGAGCCAUCACUUACUAAUAUUGAGGUAGUAGAGAGAUGCUUCGGACCUCAGAGCAAGAGUCAUGUUGUUGGAUUUGGUGGCGGGAUUACCAGUAAAGAUUUGAAAGGAGGUAGCUCCGCAAAAGCUGCACUGUUAGAACAACUAAAUGUGAGUAGAAAGGAAAAGGCUGCACUAUUAGAAGAACUGAAUGCGAGUCGGAAAGAAAAUGAAUCAAUGAAAAGACGCUUGGAUAACAUAGAGAAGAGAUGUGAAAUGUUUGAAAGUACAAUCUUUAGAGAUCCUUCAUCACCACCAUCAUCAAGUGAAUAA